AUGUCGUCGCUCUCCUCCUCCCAGCCGCAUCCACCGCAUCCACCGUCGUCCUCGUCCUCGCCCCCGUCAUCAGCCAUCCCCCACAUCUACGCCGAACUCCUCGUGCACAUCCGCACCGUCACCUUCUUCGCCUCGCUCCGUCCCACUACUACUGCCUCCUCCACCACCCGCGCCGAACUAUCGCCCGACGGCGCGUGCGUCACGCUCACGCAUGCGGGCGAGCGCGUGGUUGUGCGGUUGCCGGCGAGGGUGCAAUUGCCAUCGCCGCGGCAGCAGCAGCAGUGGCAGCGGGGGGGAAGUGGUGGUGGUGGGGCGAGGGUGCUUUAUGAGGGACCGUCGGAUAAGGCGGAGGGGGUGGAGGUGAGGUUGAGGGUGAGAGAGGAGGGAGAGGGAGGUGGCGGUGGCGGUGGCGGUGGGGAGAAUGCUGUGCCGUGGGAUGCGGGGGAGUUGGAGGGAGGGUGCGGGAGGGUGGGGUGUCGGGAGUGUUUGGGGGAGGUUGUGGGAGUGGUGGUGCGGAAGGCGGAUGAUGAGGCUGAAGAUGGGGGUGGGGCGGCGAUAUCAAGAAGGCAGGAUGGGGACAGUGGCGGCGGCGUCGAAAGGUGGAUGGAUCUGCCGAACGAGAACUGGGCGGAGAUGAUGGACUUUUGGCACUGCCACAAGCCGCAUGAGCAUCACCUGCCGGGCCACACGCAUGACGGGCGCGACGAUGUAGGCAAAGAGAAGGGGUAUGCGGCGAGCAAUCGGAUCAUGGCCAAGAAGGGGGUGGGGUAUGUGGAUUUGACUUAUCUGCUCCUUGCGGAGGAGGAUUGUUCGGGCGUGCAGCCUUCAACGUCUACUACAUCGUCAAGCAACACCGCCACGGAACGCCGGCAAUUGAUCUGCUCGUCUUGCAAAAGCAUCGUCGGCGUGACUGACCCCCGCGCCGACGGCUGGCGUAUCUGGAAAUGGAGCGUUGCCAUCGCGCCCAAGGGAGAAACAACCACGACGAGUGCGCGGUCGUACAACAUACGCAAGUGGAUCGCCGCACAGCUGCUAUACCUGAUCGAGAACCAGGCGGUGCGCAAGUUCACAAUUACGGUCGACUCAGAUGACAUCUUUCAACGAGGGGAAGGAGAAGAAGGGAGUGAAACCGGCAGUGGUGGUCCAGUAAGAGCGGCAACGCGAGAUCCGAUCAUGAUUUGGGUCUUCACACCCGAUCUAUCCUUCUCCUCAUCCAUCGCCUCCUCAGCCUCCGCCACUGCUGACGAUGCCGGCCGCCACUACGACAACCCCACCCGCGCCAUGAAGGUGCUGUGGAAGCCUGCUGCCGCCCAGAAUGGUGAUGUCACGCAAUCAUCCGCAGUUGCCGCCGCCGGACAGGCGCUGGAUAGGCAGAGCUUGUCGACGGAAGAGCUGAGUUUGCCGCCGCCGGCAUUCGAUGCUUUGAAGGAAGGUCUGCAUGAGAGUGGGGCGUGGUUGCCGGCGAGCGCAAGGACGUUUCGGGAGUGGAACGUUGGGUUGUUGGAAAGGUUUGCGGAGGAUGAGGUGAGGUGA